UCCACUACACUCUUCGUCCCUGCCCUUUCCCUCCACCACCCUCGCUUUGCAACACACAACUACAAAGAUGCUCUCUCCAAAUCCAUCAUCUUCUUCGAGGGUCAAAGGUCAGGGAAGCUCCCUUCUACUCAGAGGAUGUCUUGGAGGAUGGAUUCUGCUCUCUCUGAUGGCUCCACCAUGCAUGUUGAUUUGGUUGGAGGGUACUACGAUGCAGGGGACAAUGUCAAGUUCGGUUUUCCCAUGGCCUUUACCACCACCAUGCUUUCGUGGAGUGUUGUUGAGUUUGGAGGGGUGAUGAAAGGUGAGUUGCAGAAUGCCAGAGAGGCCAUUCGUUGGGCCACGGAUUAUCUUCUCAAAGCUACUGUACAUCCAGACACAAUUUAUGUUCAGGUGGGAGAUGCUGAGAAGGACCACGCUUGUUGGGAGAGACCUGAGGACAUGGAUACCCCAAGAAGUGUCUUUAAGAUAGAUAGAAACAACCCCGGUUCAGAUGUGGCUGCAGAAACUGCUGCGGCUCUUGCAGCUGCUUCUCUGGCUUUCAGAAAAACUGACCCCACCUACUCCAAAACUUUGGUUAGGAGGGCUAUCCGUGUUUUCCAGUUUGCUGAUAAGUACAGGGGAGCCUACAGCACUGGGUUGAAGGCCAUUGUGUGCCCCUUCUAUUGCUCUUACUCUGGUUAUCAGGAUGAGCUGUUAUGGGGUGCUGCUUGGUUGCACAAGGCUACUAAGAACCCAAUGUACUUAAACUACAUUAAGGUUAAUGGACAGACCCUUGGUGCUGCAGACUCUGACAAUAUCUUUGGAUGGGAUAACAAACAUGUUGGAGCAAGAAUACUGCUUUCUAAGGAAUUUCUUGUUCGGAAGGUGCAAUCCCUUCAUGACUACAAGGGUCACGCGGACAAUUUCAUCUGUUCUGUUAUCCCUGGUGGCUCUUUCUCUUCUGCCCAAUACACCCCAGGUGGGCUUCUGUUCAAGAUGAGUGAUAGCAACAUGCAAUAUGUCACGUCCACUUCCUUCUUACUCCUAACUUAUGCUAAAUACUUGACCACAGCCCAUAUGGCUGUGAACUGUGGUGGUACCACUAUAACUCCAAAGAGGCUUCGGGCUAUAGCCAAAAAACAGGUGGAUUACUUGCUAGGAGACAACCCCUUGAAAAUGUCGUACAUGGUGGGGUAUGGUACGAGAUACCCACGAAGGAUACACCACAGGGGCUCAUCCCUUCCGUCCAUUGGUGUUCACCCCGGCAAGAUCCAAUGCUCAGAAGGAUUCAGUGUGAUGAACUCACAAUCACCCAACCCCAACAUUCUAGUGGGUGCCGUUGUUGGAGGGCCCGAUCUGCAUGAUAGGUUCCCGGAUGAACGGUCAGAUUAUGAGCAAUCAGAACCAGCUACUUAUAUUAACGCACCUCUUGUAGGAGCACUUGCAUAUCUCGCACACUCAUUUGGCCAACUGUAG